AAAGCAAUGUAUAAUCCUAUAAUAUAUAACGCUGAAGAAGAAGCUGCCAUCACAGUACACGGAAGUUUCACUUGGUCCAUUAUGUUUAAUUUCUUCUGUCCUGUGAAGUUAUGGAAAUGAUACGUUAAAUGGAUUCGCAACAUCUCCAGAGUCCACCGGUGUGUGUGUGCGUGCUCUGCGGUCUCCCUGCUGCAGGAAAGUCCACGCUGGCCCGCACAGUAACCAACCUGGCUGCUGAGCGAGGAUGGAGGUCCACUGUGAUGCAUUAUGAUGAGUUAAUACCUCAGUAUGCUUUUGAUGUUAAAGUAUUGGAGGAUAACAUGCAGGCGCAAACUGAAUGGAAGCUGUACAGACAAUCACUGCUACAAUGCAUUGAAAACUUCUUGAGGAACCCCAACGUUUUGUCGGAUCCACCCGACCCCAGUGGGAUAAACUUGGAGGCGUGGAGACGGGGCGUACAAACAUUACUGGAGCAGCGUGUCAACAGCUCGGCAGACGACCAUUCCUCGCCUAUACUCCUACUGCUGGACGACAACUUCUACUAUCCUAGCAUGAGAUAUGAAGUGUUCCAGCUCGCAAGAAAGUAUUCCCUCGGCUUCUGCCAGGUGUUCCUAGACUGCUCUGUGGAGUCGUGCACGAGCCGCAACAGUAAAAGAUCCCACCCUCUGCCGACCAAUUUAAUCCUGGAGAUGGCUAAGCGUUUGGAGCCUCCGAACCCACAGAAGAACACGUGGGAGGGAAACAGCAUCACACUCAACAACUCUGAGCGUUUGUCUGAAGUGGACAUUCGCAGGUGGAUGGAGUUGAUAACCCACGCCUUCAGCAACCCCUUGUUCCAAGUGCAGGAGGAGAACACGGAGCAAAAGGAGAGGGACCGUGUGAGGUGUGCCCUCAGCGUGCUCCACCAGGCGGACCAGGCCAGCAGGCGGCUGGUCUCGGCAGCCAUGAAGAGCGCCAGAGAUGAUGAAGCCUCACCAGAACAAAUGAGGGGUUUGGCGAGUGAGCUGAACCAAUCGAAGGGAAGGUUUCUGCAUGACCUGCGAACACACUACGUUCAGGAGCGGGCGGCGGUGGAAGGAGAGGAUAUAGACGUGGAGCGGGUGGUGAGCGCUGCAGUGGCUGCUUUCGACAGGGAAAUACGGGAAACUUUGUCAAGGUUUCGUGAAAAAUAACGACACUGGAAUGUUGACCAGUAGGUCCUAAGGUUAGGACUAUGGGCCCUGCAGAGACUGGGGGGGCCCUGAGGAACUAUGGACCCUGCAGAGACUGGGGGCCCCUGAGGAACUAUGGAUCCUGCAGACACUGGGGGCCCCUGAGGAACUAUGGACCCUGCAGAGACUGGGGGGCCCCUGAGGAACUAUGGAUCCUGCAGACACUGGGGGCCCCUGAGGAACUAUGGAUCCUGCAGACACUGGGGGCCCCUGAGGAACUAUGGACCCUGCAGACACUGGGGGGCCCCUGAGGAACUAUGGACCCUGCAGACACUGGGGGGCCCCUGAGGAACUAUGGACACUGGGGGGCCCCUGAGGAACUAUGGACCCUGCAGACACUGGGGGGCCCCUGAGGAACUAUGGACCCUGCAGACAGAGGGGCCCCUGAGGAACUAUGGACCCUGCAGACACUGGGGGGCCACUGAGGAACUAUGGACCCUUCACACACAAGGGGGCCCCACCCCCCCCCUCUAACUGCACCUUCAAGGGCCCCCCAACUGGGCUCCUAAUGGCUGCUGAUGAUUCUGCUUGUGUAUGGUUUGUUUGAUUAUUCUCAUCGGUUAAACUUAAACUUGACAAAGUUCCGUUCUGACUUAAAUGGAUCAAUCAAUAAAAGGUUGUUUGUGCUUUAACCAAGUACGACCACUAGAGGGCAGUGUU